AUGGAGUGCAGAGGCGUCACCGGUUGCAACAGCAGCAGCAGCAGCUUAAGCGACUCACCCUUCGACUGCAUUCUCUUCGGUGAUCGAUCUCUCUCUCUCUCUUGCUCUGUCUUGAUCUGGAGCUCGCUCUCUUACUCUCGGUGAAUAUUUGCAGACUUGGACGACACCUUGUACUCUUCUGACGUCGGAAUCGGUAGGUUUCUGCGGAAAAACAUCGAAGGUAGAGGACGAGAACGUGGCUCAUCUGAUGUCCUCUUCUGUGACUGGUUUCUCAUCUCAUGACCUAAUUUUCCAUCUCUGUGGAAAAUGGAAUUUCUUCUUCGUAGAGUUCUUGAUGAAGACCUGCGGGAAAACGGCGGAAGAGGCCUGUGCACUCCGAGCAGAGCUGUUCAGGAACUACGGCAGCUCCCUGACGGGGCUACGAGUAAGCCGCAAGCGUUGAUCGCAGUGAUCACAGACUCAGAACCACUGUUUGCGAGGAAAUCUGAUUUAAUCGUGUUCUUCCUCCCUUCAUCCCUUUUUUCUGCAGGCUCUUGGCCACGAUAUCCAUCCCGACGACUACCACAGGUCUGCCUGAGCGCGACCACUAAACUAUUCCGUGGCAACUCUCUCGUUGCUUGUCGUUGCCAGUUAACUGACGAUCCUCUUCUCCUUCCGUUCCUCGCAGCUAUGUCCAUGGAAGGCUCCCCUACGACGCUAUCCCCAGCAAUCCCCUGCUUCGGGACCUCCUCCAGAGCAUCCCCCAGAGGAAGAUUGUGAGUCGAAGCCUACAUUCUCGCAAGCACGAAGCAGAAACUUCCCACAAAUCCAUCUUCCUCUGAGGAUAUCCAAAUUCGCCAUGGUGACACGUUCCCUCAAUUUCCGCAGAUCUUCACGAAUUCCGAUAGGGAACACGCGAGGAGGGCUUUGGAGCGGCUCGGGCUUGUCGGGUGCUUCGACGACAUCAUCUGCUUCGAGACCAUGAACCCUAACCUCUUCUCCUCCUCCGUCUCCUCCUCCUCCUCCGGCGUGGUUCUCAAACCCUCCAUAGCGGCCUUCGAGGUCGCCCUCUGCAUCUCGGGCGUCCACCCCCAGCGGACGGUGAGCUUCCCCCACCCCUAGACCCCCUUGCUGCGCGGAAAGUUAACCAGGAGAUCCCUUCCUCUCUCUCUCAUCAGCUCUUCCUCGACGACAACGAGAAGAACAUCGCCGCCGGUAAGGCCGCCGGCCUCUACACCACCCUGGUGAGUCGCCGCCCUCUUUCUCUAUCCCGCCGGUUUCUCCUCCCUUCCUCUGAGAAGCUCCUCCGAUCUGGUUGCAGGUCGGGAAGAAGAAGAACCCCAUGAUGACGAGUGACGCCGACUGCGUCCUCAGCGAUAUCCUCGAGCUCCGCCGUGAGAUGCCGGAGAUUUGGAGCGCCGCCGGUAAGAAGAAUCCCCCCGGCGAGAUGGACGCCGUCUUCUCGCCCGUGGAAGUCUGA